UUUUGCAGGAUUGCUAUUCAGAUGAGAUGCAAAUUGCAUUGGUCUUACUAGCAAUUUAUGGGACAACCACAACAAAUACUUUACGCAUUGAUCAAUGUGGUGAAAAUGCGCUCGGUAUGCAAAACGGUGACAUUGCCGAUUCACAAAUAACGGCCAGCAGUAGUUUUGACAAACAAAGUGUCGGACCACAAAAUGCACGGUUGCACUCUGAGCUGGCAUCGGGAGCCUGGUGUCCGAAGCCUCAGAUUAACUCCAAAAGUUAUGAAUUUUUGCAGGUAACUCUGAACGACACGUUUCUCAUCACUUCCGUUGAAACCCAAGGAAGGUAUGGAAAUGGGACGGGACGGGAGUUUGCGAGCCAUUACAUGAUUGACUACUUACGUCCUGGAAGUCAAUGGAUACGAUAUAAAAAUAGGACGGGACAUGUGUACAUGGACGGAAACUUUGACACAACAACCCCUGUCAUCAGAGUUCUAGACCCUCCAAUUGUUGCUUCCCGGAUCCGGUUUGUCCCCUCGUCUAAAAACACAAGAACUGUGUGCAUGCGAGCCGAAAUUCACGGAUGCAAGCAUGAAGGUGUAACAUAUUACUCAACUGUACCAGAUGGUUCUCGUCUUGAUACUCUUGACUUCAAAGACAGUAUGUUCGAGGAUAGUCAAAUCUAUACGGAGUCCGGCAUUAAACGGGGUCUUGGCCUGCUAACCGACGGUUUCGUAGCGCAGGCGUCGCCGUUUGAGAAGAAUCAGAUGAACAAUAGUUGGAUCGGCUGGAAUAGGGACACAACUGAUGGUCGCAUCACGAUAUUGUUCGAGUUUGAAGAAGUCCACAACUUCACCGAUGUCGUACUUGCAACGUUUGGAAACCGAAUUGAUGGAAUUGAUGUUAUUUUCAGCCAAGAUGGAAAAACAUUUCCAUUGUUCUCACAAAUAUCUUCCAGCGAAAGACAAUCUCUAAACAACACUAGUAGACGUUACGACUUCCGAGUUCCGCUUCACAAUCGCGCCGGGAGAAAAGUUCGAAUUUCGAUCAAGUUUUCAUCAGACUGGAUGUUUUUAACGGAAGUACAUUUUACUUCAGCAGCAAAUUUGACACUGUUAUCUGAAAAAAUCCCGCCACCGUCAUCAGCAGCAACUCAACAGUUACUUGUCGUUUGCGGAAUCAUAUUUUUAACAAUAUUCGCAUGUGUUGCUUACUGCGUAUCUGUAUGUUUAAAACGAAGGCAGAAGAACAAAAGUGUGGAUUCGAAUGUCAAAAAAGAUUUGAUAAUCACGCAUAUGGGGAAUAAGCCAACAUGUCACGUCUUUCCAUCCAACGGGAAACUUUCCAAUGGUCAUUAUGAAGUUGCAAAUGAUAUUCUGUAUGCCCGAUCGCAAAAGUCUACACUUUUGAGUGUUUCAUCGAAAUCAACAUUUUCUUGCCGUGCAAUACCACCGACGUGGACAGAUUUCAACUUUCCACCGCCUCCUGAAGGACGAGAGGAGCACACCUAUUCCCAGCCAGUGUCACCUGAGAAUAGCAGCAAUGGCUCUUAUAAAAGUGUUCGGAAAAUUCAGGCGCUAAAGAAAUACCCAUCUAGUGCUCUUCUCAUUGGAAAAGCCAUUGGAGAGGGGAAGUUCACAAUGAUCAAGGAAUGUAUCAUUUUUGGAGGUCUGAAAUGUGCGCACAAGUCGACCAAGGAAGAAGAUUGCGUGCAUGGUACACGAGCUCUGGGAGAUGAGAUAGCAUGCUUGUUACAGUGUGGAAGGCAUCCAAGAAUUGUCGAGUUGUUUGGCGUUGAUGAGUCAUACAACUUGCUCCUCGAGCAUGUAGAAUAUGGUUGCAUCAGAAACUUUUGGAUGGCUUCCGAAGCGCCAUUAGAUACCGAAUUUCUUGUCCGAAUUUGCAAAGACAUAUAUUCUGCAAUGGCAUACUUGGAAAGUAUUCGGAUAGUUCACGGACAUUUCACCCCAAACAACAUACUCAUGGACGGUGAAUUCCAUGCAAAAGUGUGCUCGCCCCGAGGGCCAUCACAUCAUGCUCAACUUCGUUAUUCUGCUCCAGAAUCAAUUGUGAAUAACGAAUUCACUCAUAAAUCUGAUGCUUGGGCCGUUGCUACAACGGUGUACGAGAUGGCUUAUCAGUGCCGACAGCGUCCAUACGAAGAACUCACCAAUGAGCAGAUAGUUGAUAACGCGUGUGCUCUGCUGGAUCACCAACCAAAUGCGGUUGUACCGUUGAUGCCAACAGUUUUUAACUAUGAAAUCUUACAACUUUUGACGCGAUGUUUCCGGGUGGACCAGUUGGAGCGGCCGACGUUUGAGCGUCUAGUCAAGCCUUUCCAAGACUGAAAUAAUUCAUCUCAAAACAAAAACUUUACAUAUUCCACAUAUUCCUCCUUGACCCAUUGAUCUCUCCCAAACUCCAUUUCUUCUACUUAUUCAGGACUCACUUCAUUGAGAUUUCACUGACUUCUUUCCCAAAGUUUUAACCUACGAGUAUAUAAGAGAAUCGAACUGAAAAAAAGAUGAGAUAGUUGAAGAGGUGACAAGGACAUUGUCAAAUAGUGUAGAAUUUUUCGGCGCAAACUAACAAAAAAAAAGAAGAUAUGAGAAAAUAAACGUGAUCUUUUGGUUUGUGAUCUUACUUUACCCGCCAAUCAAUCAUCAUUCUGCAAUUGUUUUAAACCAAUAUUUCUAAACUGCUAGUUGUAAAAACUGACCUCUGCCUUCCCUCUUCACUAUCUCAAUGAGCCCGACCCAAGACAAGAGCAAGUGAGCCAAUCGACCUGGACCACAGGUCUAAUAACCGUUGCGCAUCCCCCUCCGUCUCAUUCCCUACAAUUUGCUUUAUUAACCCGUCUCUCUGUCAUUGUUGACUGUCGAUGUCUCUGCAUUUUUUUCUCAGUUCUAGAGAUCAAAAAGUAUUUGUUUUCCGCUCCUCUUCCCAGAAUUUUAAACCAGAAUCAAAGUUUCAAAGUUUUAGUGGUGUACUCUGUUUAUAUGGUUUUUACGCGUAUUGAAUUUUUAUUUUUACUUUCUUCAACAAAUAAAAUGUUUUACAUUUUCUUAAU